GGAUAAGUAAAUAUUAUGAUGUGCUAUGUCGGGGAUAAAGUAUUUAAAUAGACAGUGUGAAAUGGGAUGUGACGAGUGGUUCAAUGUGUGUGAGUGCGUGUAUGUGCAUUUGUUUGUGAGUAUGAGGUUUGUGUUUGUGUAUCAACAGUCUGAUGGCCUGGUAAAUAGAAGCAGUUUCAGUCUCUCUGUCUUAGCUUUGAUGCACCAGUACUGUCUCUGUCUGUCAGAUGGUAGCCGAGUGAACCGGUGGCUGAGGUCCUUAAUGAUCUUCUUGGCCUUUACUUUGACUUCGGGUGCCGUCAAUGUCCUGGAGGGCAGGCAGCGUGACCCCGGUAAUGCGUUAGACUGCCCACACUACACUCUGGAGAGCCAUGAUGCAGUUGAGGGCAGAGCAGUUGCCCUACCAGGCGGUGAUGCAGCCCAACAGAAUGCUCUCAAUGGUGCAUCUGUAGAAGUUUUUGAGAGUCUUAGGGGCCAUGCCGAAUUUCUUCAGCCACCACGAUGUCGGUGUGCCGAGACCAUUUCAGGUCCUCAGUGGUGUGCACGCCGAGGAACUUGAAGUGCUUGACCCUAUCCAAUCUCUCGUAUUGCCUCUGUCUUUGCUUCUCCAGUGUUCAUUUGAAAAAUGAAGUCCCCAUGGAUCCCAUGCUGUCUAGGUUUACUGUUGUUGUUUGAUGCGUGCUAUGCCUUGAAUGGUGACAAAAGGCCAAAUUUUGUCCUGAUGAUGGUCGAUGACUUGGGGAUUGGAGACUUGGGCUGCUAUGGGAACACAACCUUACGGACCCCCAACAUCGACAUGCUGGCUCAGGAGGGGGUGAGGCUGACGCAGCACAUCGCUGCGGCCCCCCUCUGUACGCCCAGCAGGGCAGCCUUCCUGACGGGCCGAUACCCGAUACGAUCCGGUAUGGCCGGCCUUGGACGGUUAGGGGUUUAUAUCAUCUCUGCUGCAUCUGGCGGUCUUCCCAGUGAAGAAGUCACCUUUGCCAAGGUGGCCAAACAACAGGGCUAUGAGACUGCUCUCAUAGGAAAAUGGCACCUUGGUCUUCACUGUGAGAGGAACGACGACUUCUGUCACCACCCCAGUGCUCACGGCUUCGACCACUUCUACGGUAUAACCCUGACCAACCUACGUGACUGUCAGCCCGGCUACGGCUCCAUCUUUACCAAUGUCCAAGCACACAUACCAUUCAAGACCCUGGGAGUGGGUGUGGCUACCGUGACCCUCCUGCAUGCGAGGGGUGUGGUCACCGUGCGGAGGAAGUUGGUGCUGAGCGCGGUGGUGUUGGUGGGCGCGGCGGCGGCCAUCUUUGGCACAUUCGUCGCCACGUUCCCCUACUUCAACUGCUUUCUGAUGAGGAACCGGGAAGUGGUGGAGCAGCCGUAUGUUUCGGAGAACCUGACCCAGAGAAUGACAGAUGAAGCAGUGGACUUUUUAGAAAGGAACUCUGCACUACCCUUCCUGUUGUUCUUCUCCUUCAUCCAAGUGCACACGGCCAUGUUUGCAUCGCCAGCCUUCCAGGGGACCAGUCAGCACGGUAUCUAUGGAGAUGCUGUCCACGAAGUAGACUGGAGUGUAGGUCAGCUCAUGCAGACUCUGGACCGGUUGAACCUGAGGGAGAACACACUGGUGUACCUGACCUCAGACCAGGGUGCACACCUUGAGGAGAUCUCAGUCCGGGGGGAGGUGCACAGAGGCUGGAACGGGAUAUACAAAGCCGGGAAAUCCACCAAUUGGGAGGGGGGGAUUCGAGUUCCAGGACUGCUCCGUUGGACUGGGAUGUUACCUGCAGGGAAAGACAUUGAUGAACCCACCAGCAACAUGGACAUCUUCCCUACUGUGGUGAAGCUAGCCGGAGGGACGGCACUGGGGGACAGAGUGAUAGACGGUCAUGACCUCAUGCCCCUGCUGCAGGGGAAAGUAGAGAGAUCAAAGCACGAGUUUCUCUUCCAUUACUGUAACGCCUACCUCAACGCUGUCAGGUGGCAGCCUCCCAACAGUUAUACAAUAUGGAAGUUGUUCUUUUUCACUCCGGACUUCUACCCCGAGAACGGGACAGCCUGCAUGCAUACCCAUGCCUGUUUCUGCACCACGUCCUACGUGACCUACCACAACCCCCCUUUGCUCUUUGACCUCUCCCGCGACCCCUCGGAGACCACACCCCUGACCCCAGACACGGAACCUGCCUUCCACUCGGUCCUGGAGAAGAUCCUGGCCGCGGUGGCUCUCCACAAGGAGUCCAUCACCCCCGUUAAGGACCAGCUCGCCCCGGGACACGUCCUAUGGAAGCCCUGGUUGCAGCCCUGCUGCUCCUCCCUGUCCCAGCUCUGCAGGUGUGAGAGAGAUGGUGGGAGACACGGCCACCGGAGCACUGCGGCGGCAGAGGCAGACUCUCCACAGGAACAGCACAUCAUUGCUUAACACUGAGGGGAGGGUAACGUAGGAAUCCAGAACCAAUCUUUUAGUGGGUAUGUAAACAAUCUGUGACACAUCCCGUAAAAUAUCCAGUAAAUUGUGUUGCCUACGCUUGCUCCCUGAGAGGUUUAUGCAGAUGCUGCUAUUUGGACUAAAAUGUAUUUUAAAGCACUUUUUGACAAAUGUAUUUGUAAAAAAAAUGUGAAUCAAUAUGAAUAUGAAUCAAAUGUGAUUGUUGAGGCCAGUCCUAAAAUAUAUAAAGUAACCAGUAUAUAUAGAGAAGAAACCUAGCACAUUGUACAGGAGAGGAGAGCAACUCGAUGCACUGAUUAGCACAAGGUCCACCUCAAGUUGGGGAAUUUCUGGUCUUAUUCUCCGGGGCACUACAAUAACCCUGUGUUACCCUUGUAGGGUACCGAUGAUCAUUUAAUCACUGUUCAUCAUUUAGACUCUACGGGGUCUGUGUAAAAGGCAUCUGCACAUCCAAGAAGCAAUGAAACUGAGUGGACAACCGACAUGAAAAGACAUGGCUGUAUUAGCAAAUAGAGCUGUAUUAAGAUGUUCAGUAGAGCUGCCGUGUCUAAUGCCAACAGUCAGUACAGAGUCAGCCAGAGUCCCUGAGUCACACACGGCUCAUCCCCCUGUGGCCACAGCCAGCAGCAAAUCUUCAUCACCCAGACUAGCUUUAAGCUUAGCUCUUCAUUUGAUCUCAGGUUUUCAGUGACAUUUAGUUAAUAUGUAUCUUAUUCUCCCUUUAACUCCUAUAUCCAUCAGCCUAUUUGUCAUAAACUACCAUUAGCAAAUCUCUGAAUAUUAAGGAGUACUCCCUCUCCCCUGUUCACUCAUUUAUAUGAUGGAUGCUGAAUGCUCAUUUACUUUUGCGCAUUCCCACACACCCACUAUGCGUUGCAUUUUAUACCAUGUGUUAUUUUUGUUACCACGUGUUAAUUUGUUUCAACACAUUUUUCUAAUGUAAACGAAUAAUGAUCUGAUUUGUGUGGGGUACCAGCUACAACAGCACUACUGUUGCUACCAAGAACUACCAGAACCAACUACAGAACUACAGCGACGAUCACUAGAACUGUAUUCUACUUGACUGGUAUUCUGACAAUGUGUAUAAAUCUAAUUAUUUCCCUCCA